AUGCGUAUUCAGUUUAGUUCGGCAAAACGCAAACACCCACUAGUGAGAUUAAACUAUGAAGAUUCAACAAUCAAAGGUACGAAAGACGUCAGCAGCAGCCAGAUUCCAACAGAAAACAAUACUGCAGUGCGGCCAAGUACAUCUACAUCUCCAUCAUCACAAAAUACUGAAGCAAGACCUUUAAGAACUAUUAAACAAAAACCAUCUCAGGCAAAAUUGCCAUUUAUGCCAAAAACCAUAAAUAUCCAUACAAAAAGCAAAUUGGACAAGUGUUUAAUGGAUAUAUUCACAAAAGAUAUGCAACCUUUCACCAUCGUAGAAGAUCAAGGAUUCAGAAAUUUUGUGCAAAUGUUAAACCCAUCGUAUCAGUUGCCAAGCCGAAAAUAUGUAUCAAAUACUUUGUUACCUGCAAUUUAUGAGGAAAAAUAG